CGAGGACGCAACAAUAAUCCGCACCGCGGAACUCCACUUCAGCCACGCACCCAGGGACUGGGAAUGACCGUGCGGCCCCCUCACUGUGCUAGAGCAUUCGGGGUGCAAUGACGCGCUGUGUUGGGCCCACGUUGGCAAACAUGUGACGGUCCUGAAACUUACAAGUUCCAUCGGCUACGUUCCGUAGCCGGUUUAGCCGAGGCCGCCCUGCCCAGUUUGGCCGCCUGGGGCCGCGCUGAGCGCGCGGAGGCCGAGAAGGGAUGAAGCGUGGGCGCGCGGGCAACGCUGCCAAGCUCAAGAUGUCCGUCGGUUGUCAGGUCGCCACGCUGAUGAACUGCGCCGACAACAGUGGCGCCAAGAACCUGUACAUCAUGGCAGUGAAGGGCAUCGGCGGUCGCUUGAACAUUCUGCCUAGAGGCGGCCCCGGCGACAUGGUACUGUGCACGUGCAAGAAAGGGAAGCCCGAGCUGCGCAAGAAGGUGCUGAAGGGAGUGAUCAUCCGCCAGAAGAAGGCGUGGCGCCGCUCGGACGGCGUGUUCAUCUACUUCGAGGACAACGCCGGCGUGAUCGUCAACGACAAGGGCGAGAUGAAGGGCUCGGCCAUUCAGGGCCCCGUCGCGAAGGAGUGCGCCGAGAUCUGGCCCAAGAUCGCGGGGUUGGAUAUCAUGGCGGGGGCCAUGACCUCUCCCCAGAUUUCGUGGGGCCUCUCCUUGUUUCGAUUGUUUCGAUACGUCCGCGGCCGCCCCAUGGGCCGCGCACAUGCCUCGGGCCAUAAUUAGCACACACCCGAGUGAUGCAGCUAGAGCAUCCAAUAGCCGCGAGGGCCGUCCACGCAUCGGUCGGACUCGGCGAUCUCGUGCCGUUGCCCGCGCGUCGCAUCGGUCGA